AUGAUGAAAAGAAUUGAGACAAUGAAGAAGCUGGCUCGAAAGAGGUUGCCUAGCAGCGUUGUGGAUACUACGAAGCAUGUCUCUGAGAUCGACGAACUCUACGAACUUAUCGAGCUCAUUCGCGAAGAUGUCGGAGCCGCCGAGAAUAAUCUAAGAGAAAGUCUCUGGAUCAUCGCUGCUCUUCGUAUAUCACUAGCGGGUGUUUGUGGUCUUAUUGAGAAGGAGGGAGCUUCGCCAUCGGAUCCGCUAGCCCUCAAGCGGGACAGGAGACUGAAAGAAAUUUAUCAAUAA